AUGGCUGCUGAUCAGACUGCCGCCAUGCAGGCUUACAUCGAGUCGCUCGAGGAGGCCCUGGCGGAGGCGGCGGCGGCGGGCGGGACCGACUCGGGGCCGGCGAGAGCUGGACACAGUGGCAGCAGCAGCGGCAAGAUGGCCAGACCGUGGCAGAGUCUGGAGAGAGAGAACAAAGCGCUGCGGGAACAGGUGGCGGCGCUGACGUCUUCGCUGGAUCAGGCCUCUCAUCAGAUCAUGGCCAGCUCGUCGCCUCGGAGGCGUGAGCGGUCGCUCCAUGACCGGCUGGUGACGGCCGAGGCAAAGAUCGGCGAGCUGGAGGGCCUGCUCGCCGAGCGCGAGGCCGAGCAUCGGGACGAUCUGGCGCUUCGCAUUGAGCUUCGCAAACGGGUUGCCCGCCUUGAGACUGCGCUUGAGGCGGCCAAGUCGUCCGAGUCGCGGGCAUCGGCAGGCCUCGCCCGAGCCCUCGCCGCCCACGCUGCAGCCGAAGAUCGCAUCACCGACCUAACCCUCCAGCUGGCACGUGAGCAAGCUGCAAGCUGUGAGCUGAGCGAAGUCAAUCAGUCGCUGACGCUGCGGCUUCGGGCGGCUGGGGCAGCGCUCCCACAAGCAGCUGUCUAUGGGCCGGCCGGCGAGCCAUAG